GGAUUCUCUUGUGUAAUCAUGGCGAUGCGCGUGGAUGCCUCAUGGACAGAAAGAGCCGCCACCUAGGGUCGGCCUAUAUAUACAGUAUAUAUAGCACAAAUGUAUGAAAGACUACUUUUUCUUUCUGAAGCCAUAACGCUGAGGACUCUAUGGGACUGGAAACUUCAGCGACACUUAAAUUAAUCUCCUCACACUCUAUAGCUAUUUGAGGCUCAAGGCGCACUUGAAGGCAGAAGUGCUUUGAAGCGCAACCGUAACAUCUGCCAUCCCGACUCCAGGAAACUGUACUGCAAAGACUGACAAGGACGGUGACCUGUGUGGCCAAACAUGGAAGAACUUGCUCGUGAGAGUAUCAGCCUUUUGGCGAGAUCUGCUUCGCACGCGGAUCCCCCACGGCUCGGUUCGUUCGGUGCCAUCUUCAUCAUGCUCAAAUCUGCCCUAGGCGCGGGAUUGCUUAACUUCCCGUGGGCUUUCGAGAAGGCGGGAGGAGUCAAUAAAGCCAUCAGCGUUGAAAUGGUAUCACUGGUGUUCCUGAUCAGCGGAUUGAUCAUCCUGGGCUAUGCUUCAUCCAUCAGCAGAAAGAAUACCUAUCAGGACGUGGUGCGAGAGGUGUGUGGGGGGGCCAUCGGCCAGCUGUGUGAGGUCUGCUUCUGCUUCAACCUCUUCAUGAUCUCUGUGGCCUUCCUGGUGGUGGUGCAGGACCAGCUAGACAAACUGUGUGUGUCUCUGUAUGAGACAGUGACGGGGUCCUUAGAGGGCGAGAUACCGUACCACUGGUACACGGACCAACGGUUCCACCUCUUCAUCAUGUGCCUCAUCUUCAUCCUCCCUCUCUCCAUCCCCAAAGAGAUUGGCAUCCAGAAAUACACCAGUGUGCUGGGCACUCUAGCUGCUACAUAUCUCUGUGUGGCUGUCAUUGUCAAAUACUACAUGAUGGACGAACAUUCAGCCGUCAUUACCCCAGAGCACAGUGAAGGGUCAGUGAGUGUAAAAGAUUCAUGUGCCUCAAUGUUCAGCGUCGUCCCCACCAUCUGUUUUGGCUUCCAGUGCCAUGAGGCCUGUAUAGCCAUCUACAGCAGCAUGGAGAACAAGAAGCUCUCCCAUUGGGUGAUCAUCUCUGUGAUCUCUAUGUUCUUCUGUCUGCUCAUCUACACCCUUACAGGUAUUUUUGGCUUCCUGACGUUUGGGCGCACAGUGGCGGCUGAUAUUCUGAUGUCAUAUCCUGGAAAUGAUGUGGUCAUGAUCAUUGCCAGACUGCUAUUUGGAAUAUCAAUCAUCACCAUCUAUCCAAUUAUACUUCUGUUGGGAAGGUCUGUCAUUCUGGACCUGAUGUUGCGAAUUCGUCGCCAUCGGCGCGGUGGAGUCACACACUCGUUUGAGAACCGCUGCAGAGUGAUUCUGACUGUCAUCUGGAUCACAAUCACCCUCCUCAUCGCCAUGUUCGUCCCUGACAUGAGUGAGGUCAUCAGCGUUAUCGGAGGAAUCAGUGCCUUCUUCAUCUUUAUCUUUCCUGGGCUUUGCCUGGUAUUCACUAUGCAGUCAGAGCCUGUGUCGCCCAAAGUCAGGGUGGUGUGCACUGUGUGGGGUGUGAUUACUGUAAUUGUUGGAGCCUUCAUUUUUGGACAGAGCACUACCAUUGCCAUUAUGGAGAUCUUCCACAAAUUCUGAUAACCAUCACCAUCAGAACAACCAAAAUCACCAGCACUGUCAUCUUUGCCAGCGUCAUUAUCAAUAAAACAACAUCAUUAUGAUU